AUGAGGGGGGAACGCGCGCAAGAUGAGGAGGAACGCGCGCAAGAUGAGGAGGAACGCGCGCAAGAUGAGGAGGAACGCGCGCAAGAUGAGGAGGAACGCGCGCAAGAUGAGGAGGAACGCGCGCAAGAUGAGGAGGAACGCGCGCAAGAUGAGGAGGAACGCGCGCAAGAUGAGGAGGAACGCGCGCAAGAUGAGGAGGAACGCGCGCAAGAUGAGGAGGAACGCGCGCAAGAUGAGGAGGAACGCGCGCAAGAUGAGGAGGAACGCGCGCAAGAUGAGGAGGAACGCGCGCAAGAUGAGGAGGAACGCGCGCAAGAUGAGGAGGAACGCGCGCAAGAUGAGGAGGAACGCGCGCAAGAUGAGGAGGAACGCGCGCAAGAUGAGGAGGAACGCGCGCAAGAUGAGGAGGAACGCGCGCAAGAUGAGGAGGAACGCGCGCAAGAUGAGGAGGAACGCGCGCAAGAUGAGGAGGAACGCGCGCAAGAUGAGGAGGAACGCGCGCAAGAUGAGGAGGAACGCGCGCAAGAUGAGGGGGGAACGCGCGCAAGAUGA